AUGUUAUUCAGAUUAAUUCUAUUUUCGUCUGUAUUCUGCCAAGUUUUCACCCAAAUUAAUUUGGGAAGCUUCUCUCUUCAUCCAGCCAAUGGAGGCGGCUUUAACAUGGGGCUAGGCCAGAGUGCUAACAUCUUUGGCUUUGGAGGUGAUCGUGGCUUUCAAUUGGGUGCCGGCCCUCAACAGUUCAAUUUACAAGGAUCUCAAGGAGCUUUGGUAGGGGGCGAACGCGUAGGGGUAGACAGCGGCUUCGGCCUUCAACCUGGCGGUCUCGAUCUAGGAAGUCAAUUACAAUUUGGCAAUCAACCUGCUCCAUAUCAUCCUCAGGGUCAAUUUGGAAGCUUCCUUGAUAACAUCAAAAACUUUUUCACAAGAUUAGUUCCAUUCCCGGCUAUGACAUUACCCCAGCAGCCAUCACAGACUACACCUCCACCGACCCUGAGACCACACUUGGGCAGUGAAGGACAGAUUUUCGGUGAAGGAGAACGUGAGAACACAUUUGAAGAAUCAAUUGAUGAGGAACAAUCACUUCUUCCAAUGGAUGGAGAUGCAAAGCCCACUUCAUCAUCAUCAUCUCAUUCGAAUGGACACAAUAAUGGCCAGAGGAAUAUUGAAACGAAAGAUUCUGAUUCUGACGUCGAUUCAAUGCCAUCAAAUAUCUUUUCUAUGACAACAGAGCGUCCACGUCAACUGCCUGGUCUCAUAGAAUUUCUCUAA